AUGGAUAAGUAUAUGCUUGGGGUGGCACUCUACAUAAAAAGUUAGGAUCUAAAGCAGGUAAACCAGCAAGAAUAGAAACAUUAAAAAAAACUAUUUUUUAAAUAGGAUUUUCAUAGUGCUGCAUUGAGUGCUAAUGGAGAUCUUUUUACUUGGGGAGGAGGAGGAAGAGAUUAUAAUAGAGGUCAAUUGGGUCAUGGACAUUUAAAUGAUGUAGAAACUCCCUAAGUCGUUAAAGAUAAUAUCGUCAAAUUCAGUUGCGGUGGUUAUCAUAUGAUGGCAUUAGAUAAAGAUGAUGAAUUGUGGUCUUGA